AUGACGAUUGAAGCAGCAAUUGCCGAGCAGCCUCCUCUUAAGGAGAUGGAGGUCCAAGCUAUUCUCGAAGAACGAGAGCCCAAUGAUUUGGACCCCACGGUUGGAGAAGAUAGGGCUAUCAAGCCCAUGGAAGAAGUUGAAGAAGUCAUCCUCGAUGAAGCAAACCCAGACAAGAAGACAAAGGUUGGGAAGAACCUCAAAGAUGGGUUCAAGAAGCUUUGUCCUGCUCCUGCUGCUCCUACUACUACUGCUACUACUACUACUAAUAUCGCUGCUUCUACUGCUACACCUACUACUCCAACUGCUGCUCCUCUUGCUACUGCUGUUGUUCCUACCCCUGCUCCUACUACUACUAUUACUACUAAGACUACUGCCACUGUUGCUGGUGCUGCAGAUGCUGCUACCACUACUGCUGAUUCAGGACCUACUGCUACAACUACUCCUACUGCUCCUACUUCUGCAACUGCUACAACUACUACUGCUCCUACUACUACUGCAAUUACUACUGCUACUCCAACUACUACUAUUACAACUGGUCCUACUGCUACUGCAGCUGCUGCUGCUGCUUCUGUUGUUACUGCUCCUACUUCUACUACUUCUGCUACAGCUGCAACUGAUGCUCCUACUGCUACUACUGCUUCUCCUGCUAAUUCUGUUGUUGCUCCUACUGCUACUACUACUACUGCUAUUGUUGCUUCUGCUUUUCCUACAUCUCCUACUGUUGUUGCUGCUUCUACUGUUCCUACUGCUCCUACUAUUGCUGCUUCUUCAACUAAUGUGCAGCACAGCUCCAACUGCUCCUACAGCUCUACUGAUGCUGUUGCUGCUCUUGCUGCAGCUCCUACAUCUACUCCUCCUACUCCUACUCCUACUAUUACUAUUACUACUACUGCUUCCACUGCUACUGCGGCUACUUCUACGACUACUUUUCCUACUUCUACAAUUGUUGUUGCUGCUUCUACUUCUACUUCUGAUGCUGCUAGUUCUACGGCUCCUACUGCUACUACUGGUGUUGCUGAUGCUACUGCUCCUACUACUGUUUCUACUACUGCUGCAGAUGCUACUACUCCUACUGUUGUUUCUGGUGCUCCUACUACUAUUGCUGCUAAUGCUAUUGCUCAAAUUGUUGUUGCUCAUACUAGUACUGCCGCUCCUACUGCUACUGCUGCUGCUACUAUUGUUUAUGUUGCUCCUACUGCUGUUGCUCCUGAUGUUAUUGCUCCUACUGUUGUUGCUCAUGUUGCUACUUCUGCUUCUACUGCUGCUGCUACUUUUACUGCUCCUACUUCUACUACUACUUCUACUGCUACUUCUGUUGAUGCUGCUGCUGAUGCUACUACCCCUACUGUUGUUUCUGGUGCUCCUACUACUCCUACUGCUAUUUCUGGUGCUCCUACUGCUGAUACUACUGCUCCUAAUGCUGUUUCUGCUACUGCUGCUGAUGCUACUACUCCUACUGCUGUUUAUGGUGCUUCUACUGCUACUGCUACUUCUACUGCUGUUAAUGCUAUUGCUCCAAUUUUUGUUGCUCAUAUUGGUACUAUUGCUGCUAUUGCUGCUUCUACUGCUUUUACUACUACUGCUCCUACAGCUAUUUCUGCUGCUCUCACUGCUACUGCUGCCGAUGUUGAUGUUAUUUCUCCUACUGUUGUUGCUCAUAAUGGCACUACUGCUGCAGCUCGUACUGCUACUACUGUUGCUUCUACUGCUAUUGCUCCUCCGGCGGCUUCUACUACUACUGCUGCUGCUGCUGCUGCUGCUGCUGCAACUGCGACUACUUCUACGACUACUUCUCAUACUGCUCCUGAUAAUGUUACAGCUGCUUCUGCUGCUUCUGCUGCUGCUUCUAUUGCUCCUACUUCUACUACUGCUGUUGCUGAUGCUACAGCUCCUACUGUUGCUGCUACUGCUACUGCUGUUGAUGCUGCUGCUGAUGCUACUACUCCUAUUGUUGUUUUUGGUGCUCCUACUACUCCUACUGUUGUUUCUGGUGCUCCUACUGCUGAUGCUACUGCUCCUAAUGCUGUUUCUACUACUACUGCUGAUGGUACUACUGAUGCUACUACUCCUACUGCUGUUUCUGGUGCUUCUACUGCUACUGAUACUAUUGUUAAUGCUAUUGCUCCAAUUGUUGUUGCUCAUACUGUUACUGCUCCUGCUGUUUCUACUACUGCUACUGCUGCUGAUGCUACUACUGAUGCAACUACUCCUACUGCUGUUUCUGGUGCUUCUACUACUACUGCUACUGCUGUUAAUGCUAUUGCUCAAAUUGUUGUUGCUCAUACUGGUACUGCUGCUGCAAUUGCUGCUUCUACUGCUGCUACUGCAAUUUCUGCUGCUCUUACCGCUGAUGCUACCUAUGCUGAUGCUAUUGCUCCUAUUGUUGUUUCUCAUAAUGGUACUUCUGCUGCAGCUCCACCUGCUACUACUGUUCUAUUUACUGGUGCUGCUGCUCCGACUACUACUACUACUGCUAAUGUUAUUGCUCAUACUGUUACUUCUGUUGCUUCUCCUGCUACUUCUACUAUUGCUUCUACUACUACUGCUCCUCCGAAGGCUUCUACUACAACUGCUGCUACUGCUCCUCCGGCUGCUACUCUUAUUACUACUUCUGCUACUACUGCUCCUGCUAUUGCUGCUACUACUGCACCUGCUACAGGUACUAAUGCUGCUACUCCAGCUACUACUACUGCUUCUACUGCUGCUGCUGCUGCUCCUUCUGCUGCUCCCGCUACCGCAACUAUUGUUGCUGCUGCUACUGGUACGACUAUUGCUCCUACACCUUUUACUACUUCUGCUGCUGCUUCUUCUGGUCCUACUGCUACUGCUACUACUGCUGCGGCUACUGCUCCUACUUCUACUACGACUGCAACUGAUGCUCCUACUCCUACUACUGCUGCUCAUGCUACUUCUCCUGUUGCUCCUACUGCUACUACAGCUACUGCUGCUACUCCUGCUACAGUUGCUUCUCCUGUACCUACUUCUCCUACUCUCCAAUUGCUCCUACACUCCUACAGCUAUUCCUCCUACUCCUACUACUAA